AUGGCCAAAAGGGAACCGGAAGAAAGAGCAGAUAAUCUAAGCUCAAACAGAUGGAAGAGCACAAAUUACGGUACCUGCAACAACUUCUCAAUUGAGAAAAAAAACAAGAGUGUGAAUGAAUACAUCAUGGCCAUAAAAGAAUUGGAAGAAAGAGCACGCAAUUGUUAUGCAGAAACCAUUCCCCUCGAAUCAGAUGAGUUUGUGGAAAUGAUGCUUCUUGACAGUUUAAUUAUCAUUGAGUUAUUUCGCAAGUCAAGUAUGCGGCGACUGAGAGCUAAGAGUGACCAUAUUUUCCAAUCAGAGCAGAUUAGAUUUGCAUUACGGCGUGACUUAAUUUUACUUGAAAAUCAACUUCCAUUCUUUAUCCUUGUUCGUUUGUUCAACAUGACUAAAAUUGAUUCAGACUUGGAAAUCAUUCAAAUAGCCUUAACUUUUCUAGAAUUUAACGCACCAGACCAGAAGUUAGAAGCUCCUAGAGGAAUCUCAAUCAACAACAUCAAACAUCUACUUCACCUAGUACAUAGUUGUUGGUGCUUUAAGUUUGCUGAGAUGAGUAGAAAUGCAACGGAAAAGGAAUUGGAGUUUAUAAAUUCUGCAACAGAACUGCAAGAGUCGGGGAUUCAAUUCAAGAAGGCUGAGGAAAGAAACUUGUUUGAUAUAAAGUUCAUUAGUGGGAUAUUGGAAAUCCCAUUACUAUCCAUCGCAGCAGAAGAAGGUGAGUCUUUCUUCACAAAUCUAGUUGCCUUUGAGUUGUGUCCUUCAUAUCAUGAGCCAGAGUACGUUUGUGACUAUGUCGUCUUCAUGAAUUGCCUCAUCAAUUCCUUCGAGGAUGUUCGUUUACUUCGUCAUAGUGAAAUUAUUGAAAGUUGGGUAGGUGAUGAUGCAGAACUUCACGCCAUGUGGCACAAGUUGUUCAACAUCACCCUAACAGAUACCGAAAAAUUUAGUUACUCUCAAGUUUUCAAUGAUGUAAACAACCAUUGUAAGCGACGCCGAAACAUGUGGAUGGCAAACUUAAAGCGGAAUUACUUCAACAGUCCAUGGGCAUUGAUUUCAUUUUUGGUUGCUACCAUACUACUUCUGCUUACCGUGGCACAAACUAUCUUUUCCAUUCUUUCUUUUGGCAAAGGUAGCUUUAAUUGAGUCCCUUUAUUGUUUUC